AUGAGAAUAGAAGAGCUGCAAAGUAGUCUAGAGGAGCAAGAGUUGCGUCUGACUGAAAGAACUUCUGAGAGGGAAGUUGAGCAGGCUCUGAAGGCUUCUUUUGCCAAGAAGGACGAGAAGCUGAAAAAACAUGGUAGGUCGCAGAAGUCAGAAGUCUUCUAUUCUGAUGAGGAGAAACAUCAUAAGGGAAAGGAGAAGUAUGACAAGAGAAUGGUUCAAUGUUACUGUUGUAAUAGGUUUGGCCACUUUGCUAAAGAUUGUUGGUCAAACAAAGAAGAAGCGAAAAUAGCCAGAGGAGAUUCUGAUGAUGAACCUGUGCUAUUAAUGGCUAAUGAAUCUGAUGAGGAACCUGUGAAAUCAGAAGAUGACUCUGAAGAUUUUGGAGAAGAUUCAGAAUCUGAGGUUUCUGAAGAUGAGUCAGAGUUAGAAGAUGACUCUGAAGCUGAAGACAAGUCAGAAUCCGAAGGUGAUUCUGAGUCUGAAGGAGAAUUAGAAGAUGAGUCAGAAUCUGAAGAAGAUUCUGCUUCUGAAGAUGAUUCAGAACUUGAUAGUUCUGAAGAAGAUUUAGAGUCAGAAGAUGAAGAAUCUUCUGGAGACUCUAAAUAUGAGUUAGAUGGUGAAUCUGAUUCUGAUCCAGAUUUUGAUGAUGAUCAAGAAUCUGGUGGUGGUCAUGCUUCUGGAAGGAAAAACUCUGAAGACAUAGGUUCUGGAGGACAAGCUUCUAAAGAUGAUCAUGUUUCUGGUGUUAAUCAUGAACGUUGA